CCGCACCGCACCCCCACCCGCGCCUGUAGGAUGAUGAAGCUCAAGUCCAACCAGACCCGCACCUACGACGGCGACGGCUACAAGAAACGGGCCGCAUGCCUGUGUUUCCGCAGCGAGAGCGAGGAGGAGGUGCUACUUGUGAGCAGUAGUCGCCAUCCAGACCGAUGGAUUGGCCCUGGAGGAGGCAUGGAACCGGAGGAGGAACCAAGUGUGGCAGCAGUCCGUGAAGUCUGUGAGGAGGCUGGAGUGAAAGGGACAUUGGGAAGAUUAGUUGGAAUUUUCGAGAACCAGGAGAGGAAGCAUAGAACAUAUGUCUAUGUGCUCAUUGUCACAGAAGUGCUGGAGGACUGGGAAGACUCAGUUAACACUGGAGAUGGGGACGGAAGGAAGAGGGAAUGGUUUAAGAUAGAAGAUGCCAUAAAAGUGCUACAGUACCACAAACCCGUGCAGGUGUCAUAUUUUGAAACGUUGAGGCAAGGCUACUCAGCCAACAAUGGCACCCCGGUCGCCGCUACCACAUACUCGGUUUCGGCUCAGAGCUCGAUGACAGGCAUCAGAUGACGGUAGAUUUGCUGUAAAAGAAAUGGAAAUGGGAAACUAGACUGAAGUGCAGAUCCUCCUUCUCACCCUUGCUCUUUUCACCUCUCCUCACAGGCCGCCUCUUUGAAAUAAGGCAUGAUUGGCAGCAGAGAAAGGGUUUGUUGAUAAUGUUGCUUUUGGUGUUAAGUGAUGGGGCUUUUUCUUCUCUUUUUAUUGAGGGGGUGGGGGUUGGGUAUGUAAUUUGUAAGUACUUUUGUGCAUGAUCUGCCCCUCUCUUUUCACAACCUUACAAUUCUCUAAAAAGAGGCAGCAUUUCCUCUGAAGUGUUCCUGAUCAUCUCAUCCCAGCCCUGGCCAGACACUUUUUUCUUCUUUGAUUUUUAAUUUUUUUUAUUAAAAGAUACCAAUACGAAAAAAAAACUUACUUUUACCUAUGUGGGAAAAAAUAUAUAUUGUGAAGUAAGAUUCAGAAGAAUGAAAGACUUUAUUCAGUAUCCAGCUUUACUGUAAUUAAAGGAUAAAAGCCACAAACAGGGAGAAGUCAGGUUUCCUACUGCUAUCUAACUCCUUCCUUUUCAUUAGGAUAUCUGCACAACACACACAUUGAAUAUAAGCAGUCUCCAAUAAAUAUAUAUUUUCUAUAGAAGUAAGAAAUGCUUCACAGAUUCAUAGAUUACAGAUUUAUUUACUGUGAACAAUCCUCAACAGAUCUGGUAAAUCAUGCUAGAAGCAUUCUAUGAUGGUCUUGCAUGGUAAUAAAUACCAUUAAUGCUUUGCCAGAUCUAUUAUUAGUGUGUGUACAGACAUGUAGGAGAAGAGGGAUUGCAGUCCUUUUGUUAUCUCUUUCCUUCCCAUUGGGCACAGAAAUUUAUACAACAUACCUAACUUACUUCAUAAAGAAUGUGUACUGGAAAAAAUGAACAUUUUAUUUAAAACUUCUUCAGUAUUUUAUACUUUAAAAAAUGUAUUAGAAAUAUUAUUACUAUUUCUUGCAAGAACCCUAUACAGUAGGCAGCCAAUCAUUUUAAAGACAAGAACAUGGAUACCUAGAGAAGUUAGGUAAUUUACCAAGUACAGUUCUGACUCCAAUUUCCAUGUUCUUUUCUCUGUACCUCACUGCUUUAUCAAUACUGUUUAAAUGGUAACCUUAAACAAGAGCUAAAUGCAAAUGUAAAAUUGUACUUCCCUCAAGUUUGAGAUGAAUAUAUAUAUAUGAAAGAAGGACUAAUGCUUGAAUGUAUGAUUUAAUUUUAUUUUAAGAAUUUGCCAUUGUACAAUGAAAGAAGUAAUUUUCAGGUGUGAUGCCACCAAAAAAAUAAAAUAAUCUAUACUUAUUAAACCAAGCAUGAUUUUCCUAUUAGGCAAGCAAUCAAAAUAUUAAUAUGAUGACACUUGGCUAGAACAUCAUAAAAAAAUCCCUCUCUCCCUCUCUAUCUUUCUUUCUUCCAAUGUAGGUAUGAAAAUUAAUUCACAUGUAACUUUGUAAACUUGUUUUAAAAACAGAUACAUGUUCAUAAAUAUGUUUAUGAUCUAGUAAAUUCACUUUGAGCUAUUUUUCUCUUUGAAGUAAAUAAUCUUCAAUUAAAACUUGCACUCAGAGGUAUUAAUUGCAAUGAUUUGCUUAAUAAGAAAAAAAUUAGAAACUAAAUCAAUGAUGGAACAAAAUAAAUCAGUUAA